UUACUUGAACAAUUUAAAUGGUAAAUCAGUCUGUUUUCAUACUAGAAAAGGAAAUUUUCUAAUUGGUCUAUAAAACACCAAUACAAUAUUUAUGGUACAAUUCACAAAUGGCAAACAUUUUCUUUAAGUAAUAAUGUACAUCUUGCCGUUAUGAAAAUAUAUGAAGAAAAAUCUAAAUAUAGCUUUGCCUAUUUAUCUCUUUUUAAACAUUCAACAUCAGAUAUGUACAACAUUUGUCUCUUGUUUCAUGAUACAUGAAAAUUGUUUUUAGUAUAAGUCUGAAUUAAGUUUCAUGUGUAUUCACAAUUCAUUGAUGAUUUGUUUUCAUGCUAUUAUUAUUUCCAUGUAGAAUGAGGUCCAGAAAAAUCAAAAGACCAUUAAAGUUUUGGAAUCGGUUUGUACCUUUUUUUUCAUUUAAGAUACCUCAUGGAAUAAUAUUCUUUUGUGCUGGUAAUACUGAAGCUAGGUGACUGAUGCAGACCCCACACUUUAAGUUCAGCUGGCACUGGCAGAAUAUGAGUGUCACUGCAAAUCAACAGAUAUUACAAAACAAAUUUCUUUUGCUUUAAUAAAAUAAUAUAGGCCUGAUGUAGAGGAACAGAGGAAAAUGCCUCUUCAAAUAAAUUUUAGUGACAUUGAAAAUUAAAAUAGUAAUAUUUUACUUCAGGUUGUUCCAAAAAUGUAUGGACAUCCAGAAUCACUUAAUUUUAAAUGAGCCCUGUACUUCAUGUCCAAUGUCUAAAUAUCUUUUUUAUUUCCUGGCACGGAAUGCAAUCUAGCACCGUUCGGUGCUUCAUCAAACCUUGCAGGCAAGGAAAGCCUGGGAUGGUGGUGUGUAACGUACAAUAACCUUGAUAUUAUUUCAGUCUUCUUAUUUUUUUCGUUUUUAGGCACAACAUCCACAACGUCCACAGUUCAACGGCAGCCAGCUGAACAGUCAAUCAAUUCUGACUUGCUUCAAGAAAAUCUUAUCACAGAGAUUACAUGUGGUAGCACAUCAACUCCACACAAGUUCAAAGAAGGAAUUAAAUAUGUUGUGGGUGGGGAAUGUCUGGAUUUUGCUGAUCUGAAUUCACUUGCAAGCAAUAACUGGCUUCAUGACAAGGUUAUUAAUGCAUUCUUGAACUUGCUGAUGCUACAGGAAAGUGACAAAAAGAUGAUGUAUGUAAUACCAUCAUACGUAAAUGUCUUAUGGAACAGUGGCCAGUUCAAUACAUGUCUGUAUGAUAAGGUUCACCUCGCCCUCUACACGUGGAUAUUUCUGCCAGUCAACAUCAAUGGUAACCACUGGGUUCUGCUGGCAGCCAAUGUUCAGAGCAGAUCGGUUUGUGUUCUUGAUUCCAUGGCAGGUGAAAACUCUGCUGUUAUUAACAAUUGGAAAACAUUCAUGGAAAUCAGGGCUGCUGUGGUAGGAGAACUGAAAGAAGAGUGGCAAGAGGGGACACUGACAUCAGCAAGCCAGUCUGAUAGCAGUAGCUGUGGACCAUUUGUUCUUCUGAAUGCACUUGCCUUGGUUAGAGGGGUAAAUCCCAAGUCACUCGACACAUCAGCUGCACAUAAAAUGCGGUCUUAUGUUUUCACGAAGUUGUUGAAUGCUUCAACAAUGUUAAAUAAUAUGUAGAGUUCUUUUCAAAAACGCUAUAUAUCCAUUUUUGUCUUUUUGAGAAAUACAGCCGUGUAUGGUGUAUCGGCGCGUCCGGUGAUUCGGCACACUUGGUAUUCUUCCAGGUCUUGAGAUACUGACAUAAAAAAAUUGUAUAGCUUUAUAAUGUACUGUUACAGAUCAAGUUUCACUUUCAUUGCAAAUUACCCAUUUUUGACAGUUAUGUCCAUUGAAUUUAGUAGGUGUGAACAUUUGUUUUCAAGACUUUUUUCCAGGUCUUGAUAUACUGACAUAAAAUUUUGUGUAUAGCUUUAUAAUGUACUGUUACAGAUCAAGUUUCACUUUCAUUGCAACUUACCCAUUUUUGACUGAGUUAUGUCCAUUGAAUUUAGUAGGUGUGAACAUUUGUUUUCAAGACUUUUUUCCAGGUCUUGAGAUACUGACAUAAAAUUUUGUGUAUAGCUUUAUAAUGUACUGUUACAGAUCAAGUUUCACUUUCAUUGCAACUUACCCAUUUUUGACUGAGUUAUGUCCAUUGAAUUUAGUAGGUGUGAACAUUUGUUUUCAAGACUUUUUUCCAGGUCUUGAGAUAUUGACAUACAAUUUUGUGUAUAGCUUUAUAAUGUACUGUUACAGAUCAAGUUUCACUUUCAUUGCAACUUACCCAUUUUUGACUGAGUUAUGUCCAUUGAAUUUAGUAGGUGUGAACAUUUGUUUUCAAGACUUUUUUCCAGGUCUUGAGAUACUGACAUAAAAUUUUGUGUAUAGCUUUAUAAUGUACUGUUACAGAUCAAGUUUCACUUUCAUUGCAACUUACCCAUUUUUGACUGAGUUAUGUCCAUUGAAUUUAGUAGGUGUGAACAUUUGUUUUCAAGACUUUUUUCCAGGUCUUGAGAUAUUGACAUACAAUUUUGUGUAUAGCUUUAUAAUGUACUGUUACAGAUCAAGUUUCACUUUCAUUGCAACUUACCCAUUUUUGACUGAGUUAUGUCCAUUGAAUUUAGUAGGUGUGAACAUUUGUUUUCAAGACUUUUUUCCAGGUCUUGAGAUACUGACAUAA